AAUUCAUCAAUGGCUACACAAUCUUCAAUUUUUUCAUCAAUGCCUUGCGCCCAUAAUUCCAUAUUACGUCCCUCAAAGAAAAGAAUUGUCGUCACAAAUGCAAAUAUGUCUCUACAUAUGAAGGCAGAUGAUAAAUUAACCGCCAAAAUAUCCACCAAAGACAACGGCAAAAUCCCGAUCAUUCUCCAGCCAUGCAGCCACGACACCGCCGCCGCCUCUGCUACGGCCAAGCUCUACGCCGUGUUGGAGGCGGUGGCCGAUAGGGUGGAAAUGCACGCGAAUAUCGGCGAGCAGCGCAACAACUGGAAUUCGCUUCUCUUGAACUCCAUCAACACGAUGACCCUCACAGCCACCGCCAUGGCCGGCCUCACGGCGGCCGCACCGGAGCCCGUUCUCGGGCUGAAGCUGUCCUCGGCCGCGCUGUUCGCGGCGGCCACGGCGAUGCUGGUGGUGGUGAACAAGCUCCAACCCUCGCAGCUCGCGGAAGAGCAGCGCAACGCCACCAGAUUGUUCAAGGGAUUACACCAGGAGAUCCAAACCGCGCUGACCCUGAGCGAUCAUGUUACCGAGACGGAUGUAGCAAAGGCGAUGGAAAGAGUAUUAGCUCUGGACAGAGCGUAUCCUCUUCCUCUGAUCGGAGUGAUGCUGGAGAAGUUUCCGGCCGAGCUAGAGGCAGCCGUGUGGUGGCCGCCGCUGAAGAAAGGAGAAGAGCAAGAAAUGGAGGAGGAGAUGAGGGAGAUUGUUAGCGUUUUGAGGGAAAAGGAUAAACAAGAAUACCUCAAAUUAGGCAACGCAGCUCUCAAAUUGAACAAGAUGCUGGCCGUUUUAGGGCCGGUUUUCGCCGGCGCGGCGGCCGUAGGAUCUGCAUUAUUGGAUCCUUCUUCUUGUAUUGGAGGGUUGGGUGUGGGUGUUGCAGUUGGCGGCGGCGCCUUGGCUACGAUAGUGAAUAUUGUGGAGCAUGGGGGACAAGUGGGGAUGGUGGUGGAGAUGUACAGGAAUUGUGCUGGAUCAUUCCAGAUUAUGGAGGAAUAUAUUGAAGAGAAAGGAGUUGAAAAUGGUGAGUUGAUGGAAAUGAAGGUUUCAUUACAGUUAGGGAGGAGUUUGUCGCAGCUCAAAGAUCUUGCAGUGGCGUCGGCUUCGUGUCGUCAACAUGGAACUGCCAUUGAUGAAUUUGCCAGCAAAUUAUUAUGAUUUUUAUUUUUUGGUGAACGUGCGUGAUUCUUUGAUUUAUUUAUUUUGUAAUUCAAGAUUUUUUAUUUAUUUAUUCAAUGUAUAAUCUGUUAGGUUGUUAUAUCAAAAUCUAUCCCAUCUUUAUCUUUUGUGGCAACAUGA